AGUGUUACUAAACCCACAAAUGUAAAAUCAGUCUAUAUAUGCAGUAAAGCAUGCUUGUUAUACUCACUGUGGAACCUAAGGGGUUAAUCCUCUGCAUUUUGAAAAAAGGCUGUUUGACCCUGUCUUCUUUGAUCCUCCCCUUUUUCCAAUGCCCCCUCUUAUUUCCUGAUCAGACAUAUCAUGUGGAAUCACUGUGCACAUGCUCAGUUUGGUGUGUAUUGCUAGAGAGAUUUUCUUUUUCUUAGGAGAGUGCAUGUGAUCAGCACAGGGCCAAUCAGCACUGUCCAGACAGAGGUCAGGGG